AUGUACCAUCCACGAGAGUUGUACCCCUCCCUGGGGCCUGGCUACCGCCUGGGGCCCCCCCAGCCCAGGGCAGACUCCAGCUUCACGCCUGCCCUGGCAGAGGGCUACCGCUAUCCCGAUCUGGAUACCUCUAAACUGGAUUGCUUCCUUUCCGGGAUUGAGGCUGCUCCCCGCACCCUGACUGCGCCCCCACCUCUGCCCCUUCUGCCCUCGUCCCUGGGCACUGAGCCAGCCCCACCACCUCCAGAGGCCCUUCAUUCGCUCCCUGGGGUCAGCUUGAGCCUGGAGAACCGGGAGUUGUGGAAGGAGUUCAGCUCUGUGGGAACGGAGAUGAUCAUCACCAAAGCCGGGAGGCGCAUGUUCCCUGCUUGCCGAGUAUCGGUCACCGGCCUGGACCCUGAGGUCCGCUACCUGUUUCUUCUGGAUGUGGUGCCAGUGGACGGGGCUCGCUACCGCUGGCAGGGCCGGCGCUGGGAGCCCAGUGGCAAGGCGGAACCCCGCCUGCCUGACCGCGUCUAUAUUCACCCUGACUCGCCUGCCACUGGUGCCCACUGGAUGCGACAGCCUGUGUCCUUCCAUCGCGUCAAACUUACCAACAGCACGCUGGACCCCCACGGCCACCUGAUCUUGCACUCCAUGCACAAGUACCAACCCCGCAUACACCUGGUGCGGGCCGCCCAGCUUUGCAGCCAACACUGGGGGGGCGUGGCCUCCUUCCGCUUCCCCGAGACCACGUUCAUCUCCGUGACAGCCUACCAGAACCCGCGGAUCACACAGCUGAAGAUUGCAGCCAACCCCUUUGCCAAAGGCUUCCGGGAGAAUGGCAGAAACUGUAAGAGGGAGCGGGACGCCCGUGUGAAGAGGAAACUGCGGGGCCCAGAGCCAGUAGCCACAGAGGCCUACAGGAGUGGAGAUGCACCUGGUGGUCCCUGCGACUCCACCCUGGGUGGAGACCUUCGUGAGUCGGAUCCAGAGCAAGUCCCAGCCCCCGGGGAAGCUGCCCCUGCCCCAGCUCCUCCAUGCAGUGGCCCCAGUGCCGAGGCCUACCUCCUGCAUCCUGCAGCUUUCCAUGGGGCCUCUGGUCACCUUCCAGCCAGGAACCCCAGCUUCCCUGAGGCUCCAGACUCUGGGCGCUCAGCCCCCUACUCAACUGCAUUCCUAGAGCUGCAGCCUGGGCCAGGGGGCUCAGGGUAUCCAGUAGCUCCACCGGCAGCGUCCUUUGCCCCGCACUUCCUCCAAGGGGGCCCCUUCCCGCUACCAUACGCUGGGGCUGGUGGUUACCUGGAUGUGGGCUCCAAGCCAAUGUACUGAGCCAUGGCUGGGCCCCUUUGCCUCCCUCCAUCUUCCAGGACAAACCUCCACUUCCCUUCCCCCAGCCCUGUA